AUGCAGGCAUCCCUUUGGCUCCUCCAGCUCUUCCAAAGCUCCCGAGGAGCUGGGGCCUCUCGGGCUCACGGCUCUGAACGCUGUGAGCAGGCAGCGGCGCUCCUAGGGCAGCCAGCCUUGAGUGGACAAACCAUCAUCGCCCCCCCCAGCACAGAGCAGCAACCGGACGGGACCCACCCCGACAGGAGGUCUGGCCGCCGCCAGACACCGGACAGCUCCCAUGAGAGCCAAGAAAGAGCUCGAAUGCCAAGUGGGGCGGCCUGGGGGGUGGCAUGGCAGGUCCAGGGAGGGGGACUUCUCAAAGGCCCCCCACAGGCGUGGGGGGAGCUGGGGGGGAGGUCUCUUGGCCGAAGCCUGCCAACUUUGUCUUACCCAAAUCCCAUGACCAGGGACCAGCCUCUUCCUGCCCGGGCAUUCUCGGCGUUUAGCUCCCAAAAGCGGUCCGACUUGCCGGCCUCCCAAAACUGGAUCAAACGCCUCGGAUCCCUGCCUCCCAGACCCAAGUCUCUGCAGGCUGUCCCAUGCUGGGCUCUAACUUCCCGCGAGACUGGCAGCCCUCCCCGGCUGCCUGGCUGGGCCCCACGCCAGCAGCCUGCCCGCCAGGCAGCCUCAGACUCCCCGGCCCAAUCCCCAGCGCAUGGAGAGGGAGGGGGCGCGGGGAGGGCAGGGAGGACCCCCAGCCCCAGAAGCCUGCGUGGAGAGGGCGAUGCACAGCCUGUAAUUACGCCCGCUCAGCUCUUGCCAGCCUCAGCCUAUAAACACCGAGGAUUACAUAAGUCCACCCCUCCUGUUGAGAAGCCAAAACCAGGACGGCCCCCCAAGCUCCCGAGAAGCCUCUGGGCCUGCCAGCUUCGGCCAAAUGAAAGGAACGGCAGGUCUGGGGCCGAGCCCAACCCCCAGGGCUGGCCUGGCUCCCAGCCCGGCUUCCACUUCCUGGAGGGUCAGCUGGGAAGGGGCACGGACACGAGAUCUCAGCCUGGGACCCAGCAAGGCCGCCGCGAGUUCACUGGCCUCUCAGCUGAUGGACCGCCACUAAGGAGAAGGCGGCUUCCAAAAGGCCCGCCGGGCCCUGCAGGCGCCCCCAAGGCCGCCGUUCUGAGCGGCCUAGCAUUUACAGCCCUGGUUGUGCCCAACAGCUCGAGGUUUGGCCCUCUGCCCGGACCCCCCGGGGGCAGGCGGCUCAAACGCCCCCAGUGA